CCGACAGGUUAUAGGUUUGAUUUGAAUCCUAACCGUUGAAUGUCAUCCCACGGCUGCAGCAGUCCCCGUGUGCCUCCGGCAUUCCCCUGUUGUUGUUGUAUGCCAAAACCUCACGGCACGCCUGGUAUCCCAUAAGUAUCUGCUCUGCCCACUCCCCCGUCAUUGCAUUCAUUUCUACAAUAAAUUGUCUCCAGUUUUCCUGUGUCUUCUUGUUUCUCCUUUUGCAUUUGCAUGCGCCUUUUAUCUGCAAAAAUGGCGCAGAGACCCAACUGAGGAAGUGCUUAAAUUUCACAGUUUCUAGCCUUUCCCAAUUCGUUAAGCUCUUUUCUGAUCUGGGUAUUCGCUCAAAUGGAGGUUGGUGUUGUUGGGUUGCUUAGAACAGCAUGGAUUGCUGCGACUCUGCCUAUACUCAUAGCCGCUCUGCCUUUUUCUUGGCUGAGCUCGUUUCGUGGGGCUGUACUGGGGUUUGCCAAGAGAGGGAAGACCAUGCAGUCGUCCUCCCAGAAGUUCACAGUUCCUCAAAAGUUCUUCUGCCAUUUCUAUUUGGUAGCCGUAGCGUGGACAACCGUAUUGCUCGUUGCAACUUUGAUGUAUGCGUAUAAAGCGGUGCCAUUGGUUUCAGAUUCGUUGCUUCAUCCUUCACUCCCCAACCCCUACACUGGAGGUUCACAUAUCUUUUCAUGGCACAAGUCUCAUUUGAUUCCUAUCAGUUAUAAAUACAGCGUUUGGCAUUCGGUCCUUCUGCUUGUAUUGAUGGAGGUUCAAGUCUUGAGACGCCUCUUUGAGACAAUAUAUGUGUUCAACUAUAGCUCCUCCGCUCGGAUGCACAUUUUCGGAUAUCUGACUGGCCUCUUCUUCUACACAGCAGCACCGCUGUCACUUUGCUGCAAUAAUAUUGCGGACAUUUAUAAAUUUUCGAUAAAUGGAGUGGCUGAGUUCAUUGUCAAAGGCAAGAGUAGCAUGCGAGAAGUGGAAUUUGAUUGGUUGCAACUCGUGAAUUCUCUUUUGAAGCUUGGUUGGCUCCAGUGGAUUGGUGCAGCUAUAUUUUUUUGGGGUUGGAUCCAUCAGCGCCAAUGUCAUGCAAUUCUUGGCUCGUUGCGAGAAAACAGUGAACAAAAUGAUGAAUAUGUGAUUCCUCACGGUGACUGGUUUGAAAUUGUUUCAUCUCCACACUAUCUGGCUGAGAUAGUUAUAUAUGCUGGCCUUGUGGUCGCUAGUGGAGGAACAGAUCUCACAAUCUGGUUACUUUUUGGAUUUGUGGUGACAAACUUGGUAUUGGCAGCAGCAGAAACACAUAGGUGGUACCUCCGGAAAUUUGAAAGUUAUCCCAAGAUACGACGCGCCAUUAUUCCAUUUGUAUACUGAGCACAAACUACAAAAGCUACUCGACUGGCAAAGGUAAUUGAGUGUAAAGCUAUUCGACUCCGCAGGAUUCAAUUCAAAUGAACAAGUAAGCAACAUAUAAUUUGUGCAAAUAUGUAAUUUGUUACAUUAAACUAUACAUGAUUUUCUUUAAUAACUCAUUUA